AUGUUGCACGAUGCGUGGUCAUCCGCCUGGCACCGCCCUGAGACCUUCGAGCUGGACGCCUUCAUAGAUGAAGUGAACAACAACUGCUUCAAAGAGGGCGAGGCGGAGUGCGGCGCGGAGAGCCCGCCCCCCCUGCCGUUCGGCUACGCCCCCGGCGGCGGCGGUCUGUCGCCGUCCCACUCGCGCAGCUACCAGGAGCUGCGGCCUGCGCACGCGCACACUCCACACGCGCGCGACAUGCAGACGUACGCGCACAUCGAGGAGACGCUGUUCAAGACAAGCCCAGUGGUGUCGGCUGGCGGGGGCUCCACCGAUGGUGCGUACCUGCGCGGGCGCAGCCCCGAGCUGAGCCCCUCGCCUGAGCGCCGCGAUGACUACCGAACGCUGCACUACGAGCCCUACACGCCGGCGCCCCCGCCCCCGCCACCCUACACGCAUGACCACCAUCACCACGUCGAUGGUGGUGGCGGAGGAGGCGGCAGCUCGGUGUACACCCGCUGCUCGUACCCGGCUGCAGGCUCGCCCUACUUCAGCAACGGGAAUGAUCUCACCCAGCCACAGAUUUGGACUACUAAUGCUGGAGGGUCGCCCACGUACGGCGCAGGCAACACCGGCGCGGUGCUCGGGGAGGAGUACGCGGAGAGCAACGAGACGGUCGAGGGCGCGGCCGGGGGCGGCACGCUGCCCGCCUUCAGCGCACGCUUCGGGGGCGCCUUCGCCAACACCUCCCGACCCUCGGCGGUCUACGGCUCGUCCGCCCUCACCGCUACCUACACGCAUCCGGAAGUGUGGAGCUUGGACGGAAGCCGACGGUCGCAGCUCUCGGCCGCCGCCAGCCUCUCAGCCAUCGAGAUGGCGGAGUUUUUCACGGAGGGGCGCGAGUGCGUGAACUGCGGCGCGAUACACACGCCGCUGUGGCGCCGCGACAACACCGGCCACUACCUGUGCAACGCGUGCGGGCUCUACAACAAGAUGAACGGCAUGAACCGGCCGCUCAAGCAGCCGCGGCGGCUGGUACGUCAGCGGCACGCGGCGCACGCGCUGGCGCCCGCCCCCGACGUACGCAGACACGCCCUCCGCUCGACUAACCCCCGCCUCCCCUCGCCCUCGCCUCGCCCGCGAGGAAUCCGCGCCCGAGCGUCCCCCGAGCGAGGCUUCCUGUUUAACGGCGUCCCGACGCACGGCUUGCCCGCGUCCGCGCCGCUCUGUACGCCCGCGCUCGCCGUCUCCACUCCCCCCGACUACAAACAGAAGAAAGGGAUGGGCACGAAGCGGCCGGGCAUGUCGUGCAGCAACUGCCAGACCACGGCCACGUCGCUGUGGCGCCGCAACGCGCACGGCGAGACCGUCUGCAACGCGUGCGGCCUCUACUACAAACUGCAUAAUAUUAACCGUCCCAUGACCAUGAAGAAGGAUUCCAUACAGACGCGUAAGAGGAAACCUAAGAAUAGUAUAAAAGCUGAGAGGACCCUAAACAAGAACAUCAGUCACGCCUUGCACGCCGCCAAUACCGGCAGCGGCCCUUCCGUGAAACUUGAAAACCUAUUAGAAGGCGGUGGUGUGACGGCGGGCGGGCGCUCGCCGCUCACACUGGGCUUCUACGUGCAGCAGCACGGCGUGAAGCUGGAGGAGCCGCCGCCGGCGCACGCGCACCACGCGCCGCACGCGCCGCACGCGUCCCACGCGUCCCACGCGUCCCACGCCCACCACGCGUACUGCGCCGACGCCGACUACCGGCGCGCCGAGCCGCAGGAGCGCCUCGACCGGCCCACAGUCGUGUCCCUCGGCAGC